GCGAUUACGGAUUUGAUUUGAAAACCAAAGCGACGCGAUGGAUCCCACCGAGAGUCCAGGAAAGCCCCAAAAAUCCUAUGUGCGCCGCUCUGCGCUGUUUGAAAAUGUGGCCAACGUGACCGCCGGUGACAUGUCCUGCAGUGACGUGUCCGACAUCGAGCUGCAGGACGUUCCCGCCACCUUGGAGGCCACCCUCAAACCCAAGCAAUACGAGGCCAGCACUUUGUUCAACAUCGACCUGGACGAAAUCUGGGGACCCAGCACGCAGGAGGACGAGGUGCAGCAGUACAAGAAGCGCGCCCAGGUGGAGCAGCAGAAGUUCGUGGACUUCGUGAUGCAGGCGUACCUGGACAUGGAUAGCCAGAAGGUGAGCUACCAGCCCAGCAAGGAGCAGCAGCGCUACCUCGACCAGGGUCCCAACUUGCAGAACUUCGUGCGAGGCUCCCUGGCCUUCACAAAUGCCGCCAUCCGUUUUCAGGCCGAGCACGAGGACAUGAUGGAGCUGCAGAGCAACCUGGAGGAUCAGUACCAGUUCAUGCGCAACACCAUGAUCAACAAUGCCAUUCACCAGAACCUGGCGGGCUCACGAUGAUGGCGCAGUUACUAUAGUGGAGGGUUUGCCAUCCAUGGAGCUAUCUAUGUACAUAGUUUUAAGUUAAAGCCAACUAAUUUAAGUUAAAAAGUGGUAAUUCUUGCCCUACCGAACUAUAUCUAUAUCCAUAUUGUCUAUGGAUGAACCUCGUAUUUCUAAAGUUACUAUUAAACAAUUGAAAUAUCAAA